AUUCCUCAAAGGAAAUAAUCUCACUGGAUCACUCCCAGGAUGGCUGACAAGUUUAAAUUAUUCGUAUGUGGAUGUUUCGGAAAAUUUUUUCACAAAUGCAGCCAUAACACCUGGCAAUAUAUCUAAAAAUUUGAACUUGUUUUUAUGCUGCUCUAAUAUGACCACCAUGCCUGCAAAGUGGCAAGAAUGGCAAGAAGUUUAUAACAAAUGCAACAAAACACUAAAUGAUCAUUUAUACAUAAAUUGUGGUGGUGAGCAAGUAUCAAUCAAUGAUAAUAAUUAUGAAGCAGAUUUGCAACCAGAUGGGGGAUCAACAUUUUUUCUAAGUGGCAAUAAAAGUUGGGCUUAUAGUAGUAUGGGAAUAUUCUCGGGAGCAGACCGCAACAACUACAUAGUACAAAAAACAUGCAAUAUCUCCAUGGUUGAUGCACCUUUAUAUAAGACAGCACGCGUUUCUCCAAUAUCCUUGAAGUACUAUGGAUUUUGUCUGAAAAAUAACGUAUACAUAGUGAAACUUCACUUUGCUGAAAUAGCAUGGGAAGUAAUGAAAAAUACGUCCAGCAAGUGGAAGCGAGCCUUUGAUGUGGAAAUACAGGGUGAGAAGAAAUUGAGCAAUUUCAAUAUAGAAGCAGAAGCAGAGGGUUUGAAUAAGGAUAAAACCAUGGAGUAUAAUGUUUCUGUGAAUGACAACCGACUGGAGAUUCACUUAUAUUGGACUGGCAAAGGCUCAAUAAGUGACACAAUAAAAUAUUAUGGUCCACUUAUAUCUGCUAUAUCCGUUUCCCCUGUUCCAAGAAACAAAGCUUCUAGCAGGCUAUCUGUUGUGCAUAUUGUUGGGAUUGUAGGAUCUUUUUUGCUCUUCUUUAUAUUCAUUUUAGGUGUUUUAUGGAAGUUGGGCUGCUUUGGUGUCAAAAAAUUGCAUGAUGAAGAACUUAGCAGAAUAGAGUUGUUUCCUGGAGGGGUUUUCAAUUUCCGUCAAAUAAAAGCUGCCACACAGAAUUUUAGCACUGCUAACAAGCUAGGUGAAGGAGGUUUUGGAACUGUCUAUAAGGGCAUACUUCCCAAGGGACCUAUCAUAGCAGUUAAACAACUUUCAACAAGAUCAAAGCAAGGAAUCCGCGAGUUUGUUAAUGAAAUUAGUACUAUUUCAGCUCUGCAACAUCCACAUCUAGUGAGACUAAUGGGAUGUUGUGCAGAAGACAACCAACUCCUACUUGUCUACGAGUACAUGGAAAAUAAUUCCCUUGCACAUGCAUUAUUUGGUGCAGAGGAACUCAAAUUAGAACUAAAUUGGCCAACUAGGGUCAAAAUUUGCCUAGGUAUAGCAAAAGGUCUGGCUUUUCUCCAUGAAGAAUCAAAAUUGAAAAUUGUCCAUAGAGAUAUUAAGCCAACAAACAUUCUGCUAGACGAGCAUUUCAAUGCAAAGAUAUCUGAUUUUGGAUUUGCUAAGCUUUAUGAAGAGGAAAAGACACACGUCAUCACCCGAAUAGCUGGAACAACGGGAUAUAUGGCACCUGAGUAUGCCAUGCGAGGUUACUUAACAGAUAAAGCAGAUGUUUAUAGCUUUGGAGUUGUGACUCUCGAAAUUAUCAGUGGGAAGAACAAUGCCACCUCUAGGCCAAAUGAUCAGAGUGUCUACCUUCUAGAUUUGGCUUAUGUUUUACAACAGCAGGGAAAUCUUAUACAACUAGUAGAUCAAGCCCUCGGAUCUGACUUCUCUCGGAAAGACGCGAUCACAAUUUUAGAUUUAGCAAUGAUGUGCACUAACCCAUCCCCUACACUCAGGCCAACCAUGUCUGAAGUUGUAAAAAUCAUGGAAGGAAAGACUAAGAUAAUUUCCUCUAGAAUCAGUGCCCCUUACCCAAUGGAUGAAUUUACAACUGCCAAGGCCAUAGCUGCUCUUUCUCAAUCCUCUCAAUCCGGGAGCACAUCACAAGAAGGGGCAUCAAACACUACAUUAUCUCAUUCUGCUAGCAAAGAGAUUGAAGAAUCUACUUUAUCUGCUGAUUAUGCAGCUGAGAUGAUCAAUGGACAACGGGGGAUAUCAGCAACGGAGACAUCUUAGCUUCGGGAUAAUGGUUAUUGAUACAGAAACCACUUGUAAGACUUUCACUUAAAAGGCCAGGUGUGUCCCAUGUUUCAUGAUCCUGCAUAUCUUGCUUUGUGCAGCUGCAUAUCGAAAAAACAAUGUUGCUUGUAUAUUGGAUACUACUACAAAUUAAGCAUAGUUAAUGAAGCAAGACAAGAAUAACUGUCAUUUAUCAUUUCAUGUUAUCCUUUUUAGCCAUUACACUAAUAAAUUCUUGGUCAUCCACCUGUCACUGUGCUCUUGAUUUCAAUUGCACCAAGGUCAUGAUUCUUAAUGGAAAGAGGAAAAAUGCAUAUUUCGGC